UUAGCACAGCAUCUUCCUUGCCCUGUCUGACCCAGAUCAGGAAGGAGAGGCUGUUGGAUCCCUCCUUCAGGGGAAUGGCGCUCCAGACACCCCUUCCUUCCAACCUCCGGAGAGGUCUGACCAAUUUCAGUGGCUCCCUCUUUGUCAACAACAAGACGGGCGACGCUGGGGUGGCACAGAGCUACCACCCAGGCCACACAGUGUUGUCCAGUCUGCCACUACAAAUGAUGCUCUACUUCAAUGUCUUCUAUCUUCCAUUCUGGUGCCUCUCGGAAGGGGUCAUGCUGGAGCUCAAGUAUUGUCUGCUGCCUGCCUACUACCAGUUUUUGCUUCUGACGGCGUACCUGAUGCUCAUCUUAGUGGAAACCUUGCGCCUGUACCUUGGAUACAUUGGAAAUUUGCAAGAAAAGGUUCCAGAACUGGCUGGCUUUGUCCUCCUCUCCUUCCUGAUAGAGAUGCCCGUUCUCCUGUUUAUUCUGACGGACGAACACAUCAUCCGGCUGCCCCUGGAGAUGGCUGUGCACUUGGUCCUCCUCCUCUUCCUUGCCUCCGAGAUCGCUGCUGCCUUCUUGGCCCUCAAGAUGAUGACCAAGCAACUGGCCAUGCAGUUCUACCUGAAGCAAUUUGAAGAAGGCGCCGAUCAGGAGGGGCAGCCGGGAAGGAUGGCAAGAGGCAGCCAGUGGGGAGAGGUCAGCUGGAAGAGCUCCGUACCCAUCAGCCCCGAACCAGCCCAGGAUCCCUAAUGGGCCUGUUACCCCAACCCCAUGAAGAAGCGUUACGGCAGGUUUGG